UCGUCUGCUGAGACUUGUAAACAAGACAAGACCGUCACCGUCAACACUAACCUCACUUAUACUCAUAUUAUCCCCUACCUACAGUAUACCACACUAUAUCUAAUCCCUACUUGCAGCUACGUUAUGGCCAGAGUGUUCUCCCGUCUGUACCAGAAUGUAAGGCCGCUAUCUCGCUGCUUAGGAAACAAGGUAUUGUGUGUUGAGGGAUUUCGUGGGAGGCGAGAAGUGUCUGGGUCAGUCUUCAGUUAUCCAGGUCAAGUGUGUUGCUUCUCCAACACUUCUACACGAUACAACGCCUUUCCUCGUCCUAAACUUUCACCACAAGAGGUGACUCAGAUUCUGCGUCAGAAUGAAGGAGUGGUCCAAGUGAGUGGUGGUGGAGAUCAAGAAUGGACAUCACAAGAUAUAAUGCCUGCUGCAACCUACUCAAUAGAUUCUGUAGAUUCUAAUCAACUUGCAUCUAAUUCUCCAAUAGAAGACAAGCUAGCAGUUGCCCGAUGUCUUCACACCACUGGUUACCUGUUUGGUGUGUUUGAUGGCCAUGGAGGUCCAGAAUGUAGCCAGGUGGUGGCCAAGCGAUUGUUUGAUUAUAUUGCUGCUUCGCUGUUACCUCGUGCAGAGUUGCGUCGUGUUGUGUCUGAGUGGAAGGCUGGCUGUCGUGUCCCCCUCAUCAUGGUUUAUAAUGACCCAUCAAAAUUUGUCUCAGGACUACAGGAGAUCUACGAUGCAUCCUUGUUGAGCUAUUGUGAAAAUUUACUGGCCUCUGUUUCUCAGGAUUUUAGUAUGGAAGAGGCACUAAUGGGUGCAUUUAUUCAACUGGAUAAUGAUUUAGGCCAUGAGGUUGUGGAAAAUCAAAAUUCCUCCAUGUUAGAGCCCCUGCUCCGUGUGGCCCUGUCAGGGUCUGUGGCAUGUGUAGCACAUGUUGAUGGUCCUCACCUCCAUGUUGCCAAUGCAGGAGAUUGUGGGGCUGUGCUAGGAAUGCAAAGACAAAGUGCAGGAGGUGGCUGGCAAGCUCUUCGUCUUACAAAUGACCACUCUUGGGAAAAUCAAUCUGAGGUAGACCGGGUACUGUCGGAACAUCCACCAAUAGAAGCAGAAUAUGUGGUAAGAAACCAGAGAUUAUUAGGAAUGCUUAUGCCCUUCAGAGCCUUUGGAGAUUUUCGUUUUAAAUGGGACCGGGAUACGCAGAUCAGAAUAAUACAGCGUUACGCAGGACCUGAUAAUAUAAUUCCUCAUUGCUUGACACCGCCAUAUCUCACUGCUGUACCAGAGGUGACUUAUCAUCGCCUGCGUCCUCACGACAGGUUUUUAUUGAUGGCUUCAGACGGUCUUUGGGAAUGUAUGAGUGCUUUAAAUUCUGUGAAUUUGGUUGGAGAGUACAUGAGUGGCCGUCAGACCCUCCAGCCAGUGCGAUUCCCAAGGCAAAUUAUUACCUUAAGGGAGAUUGCUCAGUUGUUAGAACAGCGACAGAAAGGUUUGUCUCUCAAGCCUGUUGAUACCAAUGCAUCUACACAUUUAAUACGCCAUGCCCUGGGAGGAUCUGAUGCAGGCUUGGACCAUUCACGUCUCUCACAUUCGCUCACUCUUCCACCGGAGGUCCGACGUUACUUCAGGGAUGAUAUAUCCAUUCAUGUAAUAUUCUUUGACUCUAACUUUUUAAGAGUAUGCCCUGUAGAAAUUUAGGCCAUAAAUUUGUAUAUUUAUAUUUUAUUUUGUAGUGUAUUACAGUACUAACUUUUCUUAUAAAUUGUGCAGUAUUUUCACAAUGCUUAAAGAUCCUUUGCAAUAUGAUUGAGAAGUAAUAGUUAAGGAAUUUAAGACACUACCAACUACAACCCAUAAUAUGGGUAACAUCGGUGCUAUUUAAUAAUACUGAAUAUAUAUUUAAGUUUGUCAGGGGUACAGCUCACCUUAUUUUGAUAAGUCUAUCAACAAUGAAGUGAAGAUUUUAAAAUUUUAAGUAUAACUUGAGUGAAGUACUGUGCAUGGUAUAUCUUAUGUUCUUAUCUCAAGUUAUGAAUCACAUUGUAUUGGUUUGAUGAAUCACAAAUCAAGUAUGUACUGUUAUUAAGAGUAACUUAAUAGUCUUCACACUACAUCAUUAUGGCAUGUAUUUGGGUUUAGACAUAAUUUGUUUGCAAAGUUUACUUAAUGAAAGAACAAAAAGGCACAAUACUGUAAGUGGAACAAUACACAAAUAACCCCCACAGAGGAGAAAUGUCAUGUUUCUUUCUCCUGUGUGUGGGUUAUUUGUGUAUUUUACUCAGCAUGCUUGCUGGCAGAUUGGAUGGUGCUUGUUAUUACAAUAUUGCUACUAAGCAAGUUAAUGAAGUAUUGAAAAGCUGCAGCUGCCACUUGCCAGUGAAAUAAUUUCCUAUAUAAUUUGGUAGUUAGCUAUCAGUUUAGAUAAUGUUUGCCUUUUGUUUGACGAGAAAGGGUUCUGUAUGCCUUACUGGGUUUGAUUAAUUCCUCAGAAUGCAUUUUGCUCUAUUAAAAAAUAGAGAUUAUAGUGCUGAAA